AUGCAUGGUCGACUGGUUUGCCCUGCGGGGGCGUGGCUGACGGAGAACGACUUGAAGGAAGGUGUGAGUGACACGAGUGAUUUGAAACUAUUGGGCGCUGCGGGAGCGCCGCUCAACUUGGUUGUCAAGUUCGUACCCACGCUAGAGGAUGUCGAGUCGAUGAACACCCCUGUUCACGUGCUGGUGGUGGUUCCAGAGGAACGCAGCGACAGAUUGGUGGAGCUAUUGUGUCAGCGGUGUCACCGGGCGAGAACGAAAGACGCUUUCAGAAGUUCAACGCACGCAUUGAGUACUCCAAGUUGGAACAUGAAGGAGGAGUUCCGUCAACAUACACGGCAUAUUAAACAGGGGAGUAACUAA